UCUGUUCAAAAGCGCGAAUCGGAAAGCGCUCUGAUUUUCCCGCCCACGAAAAGAUUUGCGUCAUUUCUGCCCGGUUUUUCUCGCGAGCUCCUUGACGUGUCUCUCCCGCCGCUGCACGUGUCAUCAGGUCUUCUGAUAAAAAUCUUGGAAAUAUUUAAUCGUCUGCCCUCAGCCAAAACUGCUCAACAUGGAUGACUGGGAGGAAGAUCAGAGCCCUGUUGUAUCCUGUAACUCAGGAUUUGGUCUGGGCUCUAGUGGUACUGAUGGAGGAUUCAAGAGCUUCUAUAAAGGAAGUGCAGGAAAUGAGAAGUCAAACAAUGAAGAUGGUGAAGGCAGCUCAUGGAGGACGAGUUCUGGUGAUGGAUUCAGAGGCAGAGGAGGCAGGGGAGGAUCCCGAGGAGGGAGAGGCGGCUUCAGGAAUACCUUUAAAUCAGAAACUGAUGAAAAUGGCAAUGACGAGGGUUGGAAAGGAGGUGAAAGCCGAGGAAGAGGCCGCGGUGGUUUCCGUGGUGGUUUUCGUGGUGGUUUCCGUGAUGGUGGUGAUGAAGAGACUGGAAGAAGAGGCUUUGGAAGAGAAACUGAUGAAAAUGGCAAUGAUGAAGGUUGGAAAGGAGGUGAAGGCCGAGGAAGAGGCCGCGGUGGUUUCCGUGGUGGUUUUCGGGAUGGUGGUGAUGAAGAGACUGGGAAAAGAGGCUUUGGAAGAGGAGGUUUCAGAGGCCAGAAUGAGGAAGUGUUUUCCAAGGUCUCAACAGCAGACAAGGUAGAUCAAGAAGCAGGUGAAAAUGCAGGACCUAAGGUUGUCUACGUGCCGCCUCCCCCUCCAGAAGACGAGAAUUCCAUAUUUUCCCAAUUUGCCACAGGCAUUAAUUUUAACAAAUAUGAUGAUAUCCCUGUGGAAGUGAGUGGCAGCAAUGCUCCAAAAGCUAUUAUGACUUUUGAUGAAGCAGGACUUUGUGAAUCACUGAGCAAGAAUGUAACAAAGUCUGGAUAUGUGAAGCCAACUCCUGUCCAGAAAUAUGGAAUCCCCAUUAUUUCUGCUGGACGGGAUCUAAUGGCUUGUGCCCAGACCGGAUCAGGAAAAACGGCGGCCUUUCUGCUGCCCAUCUUACAGCGGUUUAUGACUGAUGGAGUGGCAGCCAGCAAGUUUAGCGAAGUGCAGGAGCCUGAGGCCAUAAUCGUGGCCCCCACCAGAGAGCUUAUCAAUCAGAUCUAUCUGGAGGCCAGGAAGUUUGCAUAUGGGACCUGUGUGCGUCCUGUGGUGGUUUAUGGUGGUAUUAAUACUGGAUAUACUAUUCGAGAGGUGUUAAAGGGCUGCAAUGUUUUGUGUGGGACCCCUGGAAGAUUGCUUGACAUCAUUGGUCGUGGAAAGGUUGGCCUCAGCAAGUUACGGUAUUUGGUUCUGGAUGAAGCAGACAGAAUGCUGGACAUGGGCUUUGAGCCAGAUAUGCGCAAGCUAGUGGGAUCUCCAGGAAUGCCUGCCAAAGAGGAUCGGCAAACCCUCAUGUUCAGUGCCACCUUCCCAGAAGAAAUUCAAAGGUUGGCAGCAGAAUUUUUGAAAGUGGACUACCUUUUCCUUGCUGUUGGUGUGGUGGGCGGAGCAUGCAGUGAUGUGGAGCAAACGAUCAUUCAGGUGGACCAGUACUCCAAGAGAGAGCAGCUGCUUGAACUGCUUAAAACUACGGGGACUGAGCGCACAAUGGUCUUUGUUGAAACCAAAAGAAGUGCUGACUUCAUAGCAACUUUCCUCUGUCAAGAGAAGAUCUCCACUACAAGCAUCCACGGUGAUCGGGAACAGCGGGAGCGAGAGAAAGCUCUCAGUGAUUUUCGCACAGGCCAGUGUCCAGUGCUGGUUGCCACAUCUGUCGCUGCCAGAGGCCUGGACAUUGAGCAUGUGCAGCAUGUGGUGAAUUUCGACCUGCCCAGCAACAUCGAUGAAUAUGUCCAUCGCAUUGGAAGAACCGGACGCUGUGGGAACACUGGUCGGGCUGUGUCCUUUUUCAACCCAGAGUCAGAUACUCCAUUAGCUCGCUCUCUGGUCAAAGUCCUUUCAGGGGCUCAACAGACAGUUCCCAAAUGGCUGGAAGAAAUAGCUUUCAGUGCUCAUGGGACAACAGGCAUUAACCCACGUGGAAGAUUGUUUGCGUCUACAGACACACGGAAGGGAGGAUCCUUCAGGACAGAUGAGCCGCCACCAGCAUCUGCCCCAAAACCAGCAGCCGCAGCAGAUGAUGAGGAAUGGGAAUAACUACGCAUACACCUUGUUCUAUUAUGUAGAUUAACUUUUAUUUUGAGUUUAUUCAUUUCUCCAAUGUGUUUGUUAAAAAGUUGAAUGAUUCAUGUAGCAUUACAGUAAAGCUGUUGCAUUAAAAGAAGUCACAUUCUGAAAGCUGUAGGUUUGAUCUCCAGGGCAGAAUACUAAUCAAGACAUGAUACCUUUUAGCAGUUUGGUUUGAAUUGAUGAUUUUUUUUUUUUGUAUCACUUAUUUUGACUAGAGCACAACUGGAUUAGUGGAUUUUGUUUUAAGUUGUCACAUUAACACUUUGCUAAGGGUGUAUUGAGUUUUGUAAGCCUUUACCUGAAGCUCUUUCCUACAGUUGUACCUUAUCAGUCAGUUCUGUUGUUAAAUGUGACAGUUUGCAGGUUGUUUUUCUUGACGUUUUCGUCAAAGCCAAAGUAUACAACAAGUAAAGAAACUUGUUUUGCCGAUGUACCUUGCCAGGAAAAGGUAAAUAAAGUGUUUACCAGA